AUGACAAAAGCUGAACUGGACAAUGUGAAGAAAUCGAUUGCAAAGCUACGUCGUCGCCAUUUAAAAGAUCUACGGAAAAUCUUUCGCCUCAAUGUGGAAAUUGCCUAUGAGAAAAGUCAGCAAUUGGAAUGUAAGAAAAAAUUAAGCCUAAAGAAAAAGCUCGAAGAUAAAUUACAGAAAAUGGAAGAAAUGAAAAUCAAAAGACUUGGACAUUUGCAAAAUGAAAGGCAGUUAAGAAUUGCGUUGCGAAUAGAACGUCUACAGAGACUUAAAUAUAUGGCCACAUUGAGUGAGGAGGACAGACAAAUUUAUCUGAAGGAAUUAAAGGCUCAACGGAAAAGAAGAAAAUUAUUUAAGGAAAAAGGUAAACAAGAACAUCCGGCAGUGAAACGUAUAAGACGUCAAAUAAGAAAAACGAAGGCGAAGAAGGAUUUUUUGAAAGGCGAUAUUUUAUCUUUGCGUUCCAGUAUUGAUCAUUUUCAUCAGAUACGAGAGGCUUUAAGAGAUACAAAUAAAAGGUUUAGAAAAAAAGCCACAGAUAUUAGAAAAGUUUUGUUGACUGAAAAAAUGUCUAUGUCUCAUCUAAAGGAGGUCAGUCAAAGUUUAUUGAGUGGGAAGUCAAAGCAGAAACUACGUAGCCUUGGAGAAAAUUCAUACAAGGCAUCUGACACAAAGUCAAAUGAUAAAUUAGCGCUCUGUGAUAUACGCAUAGAGAAAGCGCCAGCGGGGACCAUGGCAUCUAAGCGCAAAGGUUGUAAAUUUUCAAAAUUAAAAGAACUAGGCCAAGCCGCCAAACAAAGUAAAAAAUCGAAUGGGAAGAGAAAAGAUUGGUCCUCCGCAGAUAUUGGACCUCCAGAUUUUCAUUCUAUGAGAAGGUCUCGACGUAGCUCCACUAGGCCAUCCACACAUUUCCCUGAAGCCGAGUUCCAGGAAGAAAAGGAACUUGCCAAUAAGCCCCAAACCUAUGAUCAAAAAUAUUUUCGCAAUUUACUCAAGUCAAAGUCACAAAUUAUACGCCAACACUUGCAAACUGAGCGACAAAUAAAAAAAGCCCAACUGGAGAAAAAACAAAAGGAGGCUCAAGAAGAGGAGAGGCAAAGAAAGCUACGUGAAUUGGAGACUCGUAGAAAACGUAGAUCCACAUUUAAUAAGGAUAAAGAAUUGGAUAGGCUGUUGAAAGAAGCCCUUGAAGGUAAAUUUAAUCAAGCUGAUGUUGUGCCAGCCGAAAUGCCUGUGGUCAGUGAGGAUAUAUUGAAAAUGUCCACCAAAGGGGAAAAAAUCAACAUUUGGGAUCUUAUGCCUAGCAGAAAAAUUGAAGAAAGUACAUUAAAAGAAACAUUGGAACAUGAAAAAUCCUCUAAAGAAGAAAAGAAAUCCAGCAAAUCCCGCCUUAUAAAGAGAACUUCAAAAUUGAGGAAAAUAAAAUCCCAUGGACAUUUGAAACUGGCUAAAACAACCGAUUCUGAGGAAUCAAAUGUUGAAGAUUUGACAUCUGAAGUGACGCCAAGCCAUUUAUUGGAUGGCAAAGAUGGCUCCAAAGAAGAUCAAAAUGAUGGGGAACCCCCUAUUAAGGAAACCGUAGAAGAAGAGGCUCUUAUGAAGUCUUUAAAGAAACGCAAGGCCAAAAGGAGGUUUCCCAUUAGACGAAAGAAAUUUUUGGAAAUUUUAAGUGAAAAAGGUUAUGACUCCGACAGCAUUGUGAUAUGCAGUCCUUGCGGAAUCAAUCCCAGGCAGCCGGUUGUACGCACCGGAUUGACCAGAUGGAAUCCUUUGUCGGCAAGGAUUGCCGCCUCAGUAACAUGCAAUGGCCCCAUGGCUGAGAGUCGACUGAGGCCAGCGUCUACUGCUGUCGAUAAUGAUGAUGAGCUGAGCUGA